CUUUGAUCGACCCACAAACUCCUUGCCCACUUUCGCACCGUUUCUACUUCCUAAACACCUCGGAUAAUCAUCAUGUCGAAGCCCGCGGUUGUCAUCGACAAUGGCUCUGGUCGCUGCAAGACCGGUAUCGCCGGUGAGGACUGCCCGAAGGCCGUCUUCCCUGCAGUUAUCGGCAAGCCGAAGCAGAAGGGAAUUAUGGUUGGUACUGGCCAAAAGGAUGAAUACGUCGGUGACGCCGCCAUGGCCCGCCGUGGUGUUCUCAUCAUCAAGUAUCCGCUUGAGCACGGUAUCGUCACCAACUGGGACGACAUGGAGAAGAUCUGGUCCCAUGCCUUCUACUCUGAGCUUCGUGUCGAUCCCCAGGAACAUCCCGUUCUACUAACUGAAGCCCCUCUCAACCCCAAGGCUAACCGUGAACGCAUGACUCAGAUCAUGUUCGAAUCCUUCAACAUUCCGGCUUUCUACGUCGCUAUCCAGGCUGUCCUUUCCCUCUAUGCCUCCGGCCGUACCUCCGGUAUCGUUCUGGACUCAGGUGAUGGUGUCACUCACACUGUUCCCAUCUAUGAGGGUUAUUCCCUACCUCAUGCUGUGCUCCGUAUUGAUCUCGCUGGCCGCGAUCUUACUGGGUGGAUGGCCAAGCUUCUCAUGCAGCGCGGCUAUUCUUUCACCACAUCUGCCGAGCUCGAGAUUGUGCGUGAUGUCAAGCAGCAGUUGUGCUUCGUUGCUGAGGACUACGAGAAGGAGCUCGCCAACGCCUCCUCCAACUCCUCCCUCGAGAAGGAAUACGAACUUCCGGACGGUCAGGUCAUCACUGUCGAGGCUGAGCGAUUCCAGUGCCCGGAGGCCCUCUUCAAGCCGGAGCUCUUGGGUAUUGAAAUGGAUGGUAUGCAUUUGACUGCCUUUAACUCCAUCAUGAAGACCGAUAUCGAUAUUCGUAAGGAUCUUUACAGCAACAUUGUCAUGUCCGGUGGUACUACUAUGUUCGCCGGUAUUGCUUCCCGUGUGCAGAAGGAGAUUGAGACCCUGGCCCCGCCGUCCAUGAAGAUUAAGGUUAUUGCCCCGCCGGAGCGCCAGUAUUCCGUCUGGAUUGGUGGCUCCAUUUUGUCAUCUCUCUCCACCUUCCAGCAGAUGUGGGUGUCUAAGACCGAGUACGACGAGAUGGGCCCGUCUGUUGUCCACCGCAAGUGCUUCUAAAUCUUGUGUCAACUAUAUGUUGAAAACUAGGUAACUUGCUUACUGGGGGUCCCCUGUCAUCUCAUGUAUCGAAAGCACUGUGCCUUCUGGCUUUUUCUUUUUAGUCUAUUGCAUGGUGCUUUCGCCAGUUUCGUGGUGCGUCUGUCUUGCGUGGGCUGGUCGCCGGGGUAUUUUGGGUGAUGCUUGUCCCGUCUUCUUCAAAAGAUGUUUUUCGUCAGCCCGUAUGGUAGCUAGCGCAGAGUAGUGUUCUUGACACCCUUUUCCUGAUUUCUCAUUUGGAGCGUCUCUUUCAGUGCGAUGCAAUGUAUCGUUUCUAAUUCCUAAAACAGUUCACUGCCAAUUA